AUGUAUCCACCUCAGUGGAUGACAAAGAAACAAAUGGACCAUCAGACCAUAAAAGGAAAGAUUACCAAUAAUCGUAUCAAAGAACAAUUUCCUGAUCAAGAAAUUUUUGAAGAAUACAAAACACUAUAUGACAGUGAUGAACAAAAUAAUUCGGCUGAAAAACCGAAUUACCUGUGA